CUGCCGGUGUGUGAUGUGUUCUCUUCGUAUUUUUUUUUAUCAUAAAUUUAUUCGUAGUUAUUUGAAUGAUUUGAAAUUAUUUAAUUAAUAUUCAAGUGUUGUAAAGUUAAGUAGCGUUAAAAUGAACAACGCUUCAGUGUCGAAGGGUGUUUUUGCAUAUAAAGGUAGUUACAAAAUUGGCAAGAAAUCUCAAAAAUUUAAAUCGGUAGAUUAUUUCAAUGAACCAUGGUAUCUUGCUUACGAUGAAACAUGGAGUAGCAUUCAAAAGGCAGCUGAGGACAUUAGGCUUAAUAUGUUUCAAGAAAUUUUAACAAAUUUAGAAUUGUUCGUUUCUAAAAUUAAAGAAACACCAGUUGAACAAUUAGAAGAUGGAAUACAAACAGCUGUCAUAUUAACAGGAGUUAAUGUUCCUGAUCAUGAAGCAAUGUUUCAAAAAACAGUUUCUAAAUUAGAAUCGAUAACAAAACACACAGCAGUUAUUUGGAAUAGAGAUACAGAAAAUAUUAAAAAUAUAUUAGAGGAAUCAAUUUAUCAGCUAAUAAACGAGGAAGAGAAUGAAGCUGGAUCGAUUAAAAAGAAUCAGUGUACUAUGCGAGUCUUAAACUCUUGGCAUCAGAAAAAUUGCAAUCCAAAUGAUCCACUUCUUAUAAUUAUAACUGAUUUUGAAAGUGCAUCUCCAGCAGUAUUACAUGACUUUAUUUUAAUACUCAGUGAAUAUUCAAGUACAAUGAAAUUUAUUCUUAUAUUUGGUGUUGCGACCACCAUACAUGCCAUUUAUAGAUGUUUAACAUAUGAUGCCACAUCAAAAUUAUAUGUUCAUAUAUUCAACAUGCCAACACAAUUGAAUACUUUGUCGGAUGUAUUAGAAAAUAUAAUUUUCUGUACGGAAAUACCGUUUAAAUUGACUGGCCGUGCAUUUCAGUUAUUAACAGAUAUGUUUUUAUUUUAUGAUUUAUCCGUAGAGAACUUCAUACAAAAUUACAAGACAUGUAUGAUACAACAUUUUUAUGCAAACAAUGUAAAUUCACUUUGCUGUAAACCACAGCAAAUAAGUAGUAGAAUAUCCACUUUAACAGAUGAAGAUUUAGAGGAGAUUAAAAAAUUACCCUCAAUAGAAAAAUAUAUCCAACAGUUAAAAGAGAAUGAAAGGAAUGAAGAAGUACUAGAAAACGAAAAGUUCAAGGGAACAGUAGCAAAAUUGUUAAACAAAUUUCACAAGUAUAUGGAUCAAUUUUUAACAGUGCUUAGAUGUCUACAUGAUUUGUUGGGAACACUGCCAAAUGCACCUAUGGGCAAACAGUUACGUGAGUUCUAUGUAAAAGCAGUUUACGUGAAGGAUCUGAGAGAAUGUAGCGAAUACAAAAAUUGUUUGGAACUUCUGGGUUUUCUAUCGAAGAAAGAGUUGCUCUCCAAAUUAAAUUCCCUUUUGACAAUUAUCGAUAAGUCAAACGAUUCGGCUAUGAAGAAGCUUAAAGCCGAUCUCCAAGAACACGUAACAAUUAUUGAAGGAGCAAGUUUAGAUGUUAAUGCAGCACCUGCAGAUAUCGUUUCCGGCAAUGAGAAGCUGACUCGAGUCCAACUACAAACGAAAUUGUACAAAAUGUCUCAAAUGAAGUUGCGAUCACCUUUUAAACAAGCGCAAAUAGAUGUAAUCAGUUUCUUGGAUCAGCACGUAUUCGGUGUUUACUUAAUUAAUCCUAAUCUGGUACCAGCUAACGAGAUAUUUUGCUUUAACGAUGGCAAUUUGGCGAAACAACACAUUCGUGGGUCUUUAAGAGCUGCAAUACACACUGCUUUGAACGAUCCGCAGGUGUACUUGAACUGUAGUUGCUGCAAAUUGGAGAACGACGACGCCAUUCUGCCUACGAUGCCCGACCUCAGUAUAAUUUACAAGCUGCACUUGGAAUCCGGCAAGCUGAUGAAUAUGUACGACUGGCUGCAGGCAUACGUGACCAUAGUGGAUCCCAACGAGGAGUCGAAGAAGCACCAGGAGAAGGAAGCAAAAUUACGAGCCCGUUUCACUCAAGCAGUCGCCGAAUUGGAGUUCCUCGGUUUCAUCAAGAGUUCCCGACAGAAAACAGAUCAUGUAAAACGACUCACAUGAGGCAUUUUCAUCGACCAUAACUUUUCAGUAUUAUCAUCCAGAAGCGAAAGUUUACAACUCUUGUAUCUCUUGCCUUGCCAUUUAUAUACUUUUUAAUAAAACGUUUGAAAAUGUUGUCACCGAA